CUUUCAGAAGGAAUAGAGAACAGUUGAGAAAGUGCAGACUAACACAGCAGUGAUGAGGAACCCGGCUGCCAUAGUUGCCAUUGCCUUUACCAUCUGGAUCGCAACAGAUGCCGAAAAAGUGAGUCCCUGCUGUGUUGCUGUCUCCCGGUACAUGGAGGACGUUACCAUCACAGGUUACAGAUUACAGGAGAAAAACCUUCCAUGCAUUAAAGCUGUUGUUUUUCAGACAGAAAGGGGACAGUUCUGCAUUGAUCCAUAUCAGCCCUGGGUGAAGAAGAAGAUCAUUGAGUUUAGGAGGUCACAAAAGAACAAAAUGUCUCCAACCUCUGCCUCACUGCAUCUGACCUCAGCACCACGCGAUUCAACUGCUAGCACUCAGAGGGUGAAACAACAAACCACAGCUCACUUCAGUGAAUAAAAAAUUGCAGUGAUUGUGAAAAAAAACAAAAAAACUUUUGUAUUUAAAGCUAUAAUUAUUUUGUAUUUAUGUCCAGUUUGCACCCAUAAUAGGUGUUUAUUUAAAAUAUUUAUAACUGUAAAAAAUGUAUACCAUAUAUAUUUAUAACUGAAAACCAAUGUUUGUUAUUGUUUUGUUGCUGUUUGGCUACAAAAAGAGAAACCAAUAAAAUUGGUUCAGUCUGA